CAUUUGUUUUGCACAUUGUCUGUAGGCAACCCAAAAUACACAUCUUGCCUAACCUUAGUAAGUUUACAUCUUUCGAAAAGUUUUUGAAUUUAUCUCCGUGAUAAAACACUAAUUAACAAGAUAUAUUAAUAACAAACGAGUGAAAAUGUUUGGUCCAGCUGUGGCAGUUACUCUACUGUCCAUACCACCGUUAUUACUCAUUAAAUACCUCAAUUAUAAGUCAAACAAGCUCUCAAAUACAUUACAACAAGAAGUGAACAAAGACCAAUUUAAAUAUAUGUUUGUAACGCAUAAAAACCGCCUGUGCUCGCCACAUUUAAACACAAGACUGAUCUGUGGUACAAAUUGUUCCUACCUGUACUUGAAGAACAUCCUCAAUCUGAUCAACCAAGCUCAAGAAUCUGUUUGUGUUGCCAUGUAUCAUCUUUCUCUGGAUGAUAUUUAUCAUGCAAUUUUGAAUGCUCACAAUAGAGGUGUUCAUGUGAGAGUAAUUGCUGAUCUAGUCAUGCUCACAACCUUUGGAAACAGAGUUAAUAAACUCUUUAGCAAAGAUGUACCUGCAAAAGCGCCCAAAAUAAGAUUUGGAUUGAUGCACCACAAGUUCAUGUUGAUUGAUCAGAAGAAUGCAACAAAUGCCAAGGUUUUGUAUGGUUCUUUGAACUAUACUGUCAACGCGCUUAUUAAUAACUGGGAGUUUGUCUUGUUGACAAACAGUGCUCAUAUUGUAAAAAGAUUCAGUGAUGAGUUUGAAUUUCUGUGGGACAAUGAGAAUUUCGCUUAUUUAGGCACAAGUAAUGUUGAAAUUCAAGAUGCUUCUAGUACUGAAGUGUAAUAUAGGCAGCCCAGAAUACAGUAUGGUCGUUAUUUCCAAAAACAUUACAAGUUCAACAUUAAAAAUAUAGGAAUCUCAAAAA